UUACGUUUUCUUAAGAUCGUGGGAUGCAGAAAGACGACUCCUCGCCUUUAGGGAACAGAAGUAUUCAUUACAUUGUUCCCUGUGUGUCACAUAAAGAAGGGACAUGUUUUCACGCCGCACAUAGCAGCCCCCAACUAGGGUCAAACCUCCAGCAAUCUAUUGUAUUAUAGUCUCAUUAUAUGCAACACCAUGUCCAAAUGGUAAAACCUAUUAUUCAAUUUUAUUCUAUUUUAUACUAUUUCUAUUUAUUUAUUUUUUUGGUUGUAAUUACUUGAGCAUUGCUAGAAGAGAGCCUGUGAAUCAAGCAUUUCAUUGCCAGCGACUGCUUAAUUGUUAUUGUUGUGCAUUUGACAAUAAAACAUGUUUAAUCUUGAAUCUUAAUAAACAUGUGCACUGACAACAAACUAGCUGCUGCACAGAUAUCACCCAUGUUUACAUGUUUACUUCGGCAAAUCUGCUAAUGUAACUUUUGAGCCAUCAGAAGUGAACUUGUCACAGAAUGGGUGCCCUGACAAAGCAAAGGUCACCCACCUGCUUUGCAGGCGUUUAAAGAAAAACCAUAGACUUAAUGGGCUCAAAUGAAGGACCUCUAGCACAACUGACAUAUCCCAUGAGAGAAUGCUGGAAUUUUUAUCAUAGUCAAAGCUUGAUAUAUCAUCCAGAAAAAGUGACCUGUCUCAGAAGGGGAGCUAAUGGCGCCUUUGGCGACACAUUUGAUGGGUUAGUAGAAGCCUACACAGAGCAGGUCAGAGGUUUACUAGACGGAGGAGCAGACAUUAUUCUGGUUGAAACUGUCUUCGACACUGCCAAUGCAAAGGCUGCCUUGUUCGCCAUCGACCUGCUGUUUGAAAAGAGCUAUGAAAGAAAACCCAUAUUUAUCUCAGGGACCAUUGUUGACCGAAGUGGAAGAACUUUGUCUGGUCAGACAGGAGAGGCCUUUGUAGUGAGUUUAUCUCAUGCUAAACCACUUUGUAUUGGUCUCAACUGUGCCUUAGGAGCGACAGAGAUGAGACCAUUCAUUGAGGCCAUUGGAAAAAGCACCACAGCUUUCAUUAUCUGUUAUCCCAACGCAGGUCUUCCCAACACAUUCGGAGGGUAUGAUGAAACUCCAGAAGUAACGGCUUCCAGUCUAAAGGAUUUUGCUCGAGAUGGACUAGUAAAUAUUGUUGGAGGCUGCUGUGGGACCACUCCAGGACACAUCAGAGCCAUAUCUGAAGCAGUCAGACACUGCAAGCCAAGAACUCCUGCUACUGACGUUCAUCAAGAGAACUUGGUGCUCUCGGGCUUAGAGCCGUUCAGGAUCGGCCCGUACACCAACUUUGUAAACAUUGGAGAGCGAUGUAACGUGGCUGGGUCUCGCAAGUUUGCGAAGUUGAUCAUGGCUGGAAACUAUGAGGAGGCGCUAAGCAUUGCUAAGACCCAGGUGGAGAUGGGAGCCCAGGUCCUGGAUAUAAACAUGGAUGAGGGGAUGCUGGAGGGCCCAUCAGCCAUGGCCCGAUUUUGUAACUACAUUGCCUCUGAGCCAGACAUAGCACGGGUUCCUCUGUGCAUUGAUUCGUCUAACUUCGCCGUGAUUGAGGCUGGGUUGAAGUGCUGUCAGGGCAAGUGCAUCGUCAACAGUAUCAGUCUGAAGGAAGGAGAGGAGGAGUUUCUCCACAGAGCUGCCACUGUGCAGCGCUACGGGGCUGCUGUGGUGGUCAUGGCCUUCGACGAGGAGGGACAGGCCACAGAUUCAGACCGCAAAGUGGAGAUCUGCAGUCGAGCCUACAAGCUGCUCGUCAGCAAAGUGGGAUUUGACCCCAAUGACAUCAUCUUUGACCCAAACAUCCUGACCAUCGGCACCGGCAUGGAGGAACACAACGAGUAUGCUGUCAACUUCAUCAAGGCUACCAAGCUGAUCAAGAAGACCUUACCGAGAGCCAGGGUGAGUGGAGGUCUCUCCAACCUGUCCUUUUCCUUCAGAGGAAUGGAGGCCAUCAGAGAAGCUAUGCACGGAGCGUUCCUCUACCAUGCCAUCAAGGAUGGUAUGGAUAUGGGUAUAGUGAAUGCUGGAAACCUGCCGGUGUAUGAUGACAUUGAUAAAGAGCUGCUGCUACUUUGUGAAAACCUCAUCUGGAACAGAGACCCUGAGGCCACCGAGAAACUCCUGGCCUACACACAAACCUAUGUGAAAGGAGGGAAGAAGGUGGUUCAGACGGACGAGUGGAGACUAGCAAGUGUGGAGGAGAGGUUGGAGUAUGCUCUUAUCAAGGGAAUAGAGAAGUAUGUAGUGGAGGAUGUGGAGGAGUGUCGCUCUCAGGAUAACCGCUACACUCGACCCCUUCACAUCAUCGAGGGCCCCCUGAUGAACGGCAUGAAGGUGGUGGGAGAUCUCUUUGGAGCUGGGAAAAUGUUCCUGCCACAGGUGAUCAAGUCGGCUCGUGUUAUGAAGAAGGCCGUGGGACAUCUGAUUCCUUUCAUGGAGAAGGAGAGGCAGGAGAUGAUGGCCUUGUCGGGGUCAACUGAGGAGAUCGAUCCCUAUCAGGGAACCAUAGUUCUGGCUACAGUGAAGGGAGACGUCCACGAUAUUGGCAAGAACAUCGUAGGUGUGGUGCUGGGUUGUAACAACUUCAGGGUGAUCGACCUGGGUGUGAUGGUUCCCUGUGAUAAGAUCCUCAGAGAGGCCAUCACAAAGAAAGCAGAUAUCAUUGGGUUGUCCGGUCUCAUCACCCCCUCUCUGGAUGAGAUGAUCUAUGUGGCCAAAGAGAUGGAGAGACUGGGGAUGACGACACCACUGCUGAUUGGUGGAGCCACCACAUCAAAGACGCACACAGCUGUGAAGAUCGCCCCUCGCUACAGUUGUCCUGCUAUCCAUGUUCUGGACGCCUCCAGGAGUGUUGUAGUGUGUUCCCAGUUGCUGGAUGAGACCAUGAAGGAGGAGUACUUUGAUGACCUGAAAGAAGAGUAUGAGGACGUCAGGCAGGACCACUAUGACUCUCUGAAGGAUCGCCGGUAUCUGUCUCUCUCUCAGGCCAGAGACAAGGCGUUGCGUAUAGAGUGGUCCUCUCUCCCCAAACCAGUGUGUCCUCAGUUCCUUGGCACCCGCGUGUUUGAGUGGUACGACCUGAACAGUUUGGUGGACUUUAUCGACUGGAAGCCUUUCUUUGACGUGUGGCAACUGAGAGGAAAAUACCCCAACAGAGGUUACCCCAAGAUCUUCAAUGACAAGACUGUUGGUUCGGAGGCUCGUCGAGUCUUUGACGAAGCCCAGCAGCUGCUCAAUCAGAUGAUUGACAGGAGCAGUCUGAAGGGGCGGGCUUUGGUGGGUUUCUGGCGAGCUCAGAGUGACGGAGACGACAUCAAUGUGUACCAAGAUGAUGUCACGAUUCACAGAGACACCAAACCCAUUGCCAAAUUCCAUGGCUUACGGCAACAGAUGGAGAAGGACAGCUCCAGCUCCGAGCCCUUCUUGUGUGUGUCGGACUUUGUGGCCCCUGUGGACAGCGGUGUAGCAGACUACAUCGGUGUGUUUGCUGUGAGUGUGUUUGGAGCCGAGGAGCUGAGUCAGCAGUUCCAGGCUCAGGGAGACGACUACAACAGCAUCAUGGUCAAAGCUCUGGCUGACCGCCUGGCUGAGGCAUUUGCUGAGGAGCUCCAUGCCCGUGUGCGUAAGGAGCUGUGGGGCUAUUGUGCUGACGAAGCUCUGCAGGCCACGGACCUCCACAGAAUCCGAUACCAGGGCAUCAGACCUGCAGCUGGCUACCCCAGCCAGCCGGACCACACUGAGAAGACCACCAUGUGGAGCCUGGCAGACAUACAGGACAAGAUCGGUAUCGGUCUGACCGAGUCCCUUGCCAUGACGCCUGCUGCCUCUGUGUCAGGACUUUACUUCUCCAACCCUCAGGCCUCAUACUUUGCCGUGGGAAAGAUCACCAAGGAGCAGGUGGUGGACUACGCCAAGAGGAAAGAGAUGAGUGUGGAGGAAGUGGAGAGGUGGCUGUCUCCUAUCCUGGGAUAUGACAGUGCAGUUUAGAUUGUGACCACACCAGCAUCAGCUGGACCACAGAGAGGUCCGAGCAGGGAUCCAGUCCAACGAUUGUAUCUCACACCGGUUCAAACUGUGGCUGCGUACAUUGGCAUUUACUGGCAUGCGUACAGCACAAACACACCAGACUUUAUCAUUUCACACUGUCACUGCAUAUUUCAUGAUGAUCCACAAGCUUUCAUCUGUGCCAACAGGUCAUAACAAACUUAAAGUCCCCUCUAAAUUCAAUUUCCUCUGUUUUAUUGGAGUGGUUCUAUCAGGUUUACUCAUGUAAUGCAAUAGGCUGUUGAAAAUCUCUUAGUUUGACAUAACAUUCACAAAGCUCUGUCUCCACCAGUGCUACACGAUCAAGCUAAAGUGUUUGUCACAGCUAUUUUGCUCAUUUUUGAUAUCAUUAAUAUUUUCUCUCUUAAUCCUCGGCCUGACCUGAUGUCAGUUACACUCAGUGCCACGAUGAGUCCUGACUUCCUGUGAUAUGUUUUAUAUUUAUCUUAAAUGGUUUAACAUGUUAAGACUUUUUUUCUGAGAUGAGAAGAUCUCACUGAGCAUCCACACGCUACUCGGAAGGUCCCAGUUCCAAGAGAUGUGAAGUCGUUCAGUGAUCAUGCGCUUUGAAGUCGGAAUAUUGAAAAAUAUGGAGCCUGUAAACAACAUAAAUCUGACAUACAUUAUUUUAAACAUGCUUGUUAAUCAUAAAAACAUCUGUAUUGACUAAAAAUUGCUAUGCAUAUAUAUAGUUUGUAGUUGACAUUAGAAGCUACUAUUUAAAGCUGAUUGUAAAAUGAUGUUCAUUGGAUUAUAUAUGAUCUUAGCAACUUUCUGAUUAAUUGUUCCGACUUGAGAUGCCGUUCACAUAGAUUUUCCCAUUUGUGAAAUCAUUUUCUAUUUCCUGGCUCCUGCUUCACACUCGACACACUCAGGACUGAUUUCCAUCUUCUCAUCUCACUCAUAGAAAGAAAGUGCACAAACAUGUUUCCUAAAGUGUUAAAUUGUUCCUUUGGAUGCAAAAGGAUUUUAAAGAUAAAUAAUUUAGAUUAAAAUUAGGACAUUUCUAAUCAAAGAAUCCACGAAUCAUACUGUGCCGUUUUUAUACUUGGUGGUACGGACCAUUUCAUUUGUUACUUGAAAAGCAUCGAUAUCAGGAGCUUAAAGUAUAGAUAAAUGUUGCUUUAAAUGUAAGCGGAAAACAAACUGACAGAACAGUUAAUGAAUAUUAUUGAGUUCCCAAAUGUUUCAGAUUUGUAAUUCAGAGAGAAAGUUUACAUGUCUUGGCAUACAUUUUAUUUAUUUCAAGUUUUAAUCUCUUUCUUUUCAUUGUCUUAAGCAAGUUUUUCAUACACUUAAGUACGAGUUUCAUAUCUACAAUAUGGUUGUUAUCGUGUUUUAUCAAUGAUGAUUAAUGGAAUAUCCAUAUCUGUUUAUUCGAGGAUCCUGAAACAUUUCUAUAUGACAAAAUAAAACAAAUCAAGAAUUUGCAUUUCACGUGUCUUAAAAGCCCUGAUGUGCUGCAGCAGAUGGUCUCAUUUUGUGUGAAACUGUUUUACUUUCUUAAAAAAGUAGAUAAAUGGCUACACUAUUGACAUGACAGUAUUAUUUUAUGAAAAAUAAAUCGUUUGAAUGUUA